AAUUACUUACUCAACUAUUUUCUACAACCUCAGUUAAAUUCACCAUUAGAAACAAAAAAUUAAAAAACUUACUCUUCUUCUCCAUCACUCAGUCUUCUUCUUCUCCUUCAGGCUUCACCAUGUCCAACAAUGGCCAAGAUUCACUAACCACUGAGCCUAGGGCUCGACUGGUUGGCGGCACCGAAUACAGCUGGUGCAAAGCCGUGCCUGGCGGAACCGGUAUCGCGGUCGUAGCCCUUCUUUUAUCAGAAACCCCGAAUUUACAUCUUCUCCAAAAUGCCUUCCAUCAUCUCCAAAUUUCCCACCCUAUCCUCCGCUCUAAGCUCCACUUUGACACCUCCACCGCCACUUUCUCCUUCGUGACUCCUCCUUCAUCUCAUAUCCAAAUCCAAUUCUUCGAUCUUUCAUCAACUGCCACCAUUAUUUCCAAUAAUUCCGAUAAUACCCUUACCGUGACUCCUUACCAUAUCCUUCUAGAACACGAAAUAAACAAAAACUCCUGGUCGACGUCAAAUCCUGAAACUGACCUUGAACUGUUAUUCGCUAGCGUUUACACUCUAAGCGAAUCAGAGUGGGUGCUGGUACUGCGGCUACACACGGCGGCCUGUGACCGUGCGUCGGCGGUUUAUUUGCUAAGAGAACUGGUGAAGCUAGCAAGUGAUUGUAAUAACAAUAAUAAUCAGGAAUUAAAUGAGAAUAAUGAAAUUGGGUCGAAAAUUGAGGAUUUAAUUCCUAAUGGAAAAGCUAAUAAGCCAUUUUGGCUUAGAGGAAUGGAUGUGGUUGGGUAUUCAUUGAACUCUUUCAGAUUGGCGAAUUUGAGCUUUGUGGACUGUGAGUCGCCGAGAAUUUCUCAGGUGGUGAGGCUGCAAAUGAACUCAGAUGAAACGCAGAAGCUUCUUCAGGGCUGCGAGUCAAGAGGGAUUAAACUGUGUGCAGCCUUAGCAGCUGCUGGUUUGAUAGCAACAUAUUCCUCUGAAAACUUUCCUCAUGAGCAAAGGCAGAAGUAUGCUGUUGUAACCCUCGUAGACUGCCGUUCACUUCUCGACCCUGUCCUCAGCGUCCACCAUCUUGGAUUUUACCACUCUGCCAUCAUGAAUACACAUGACAUAAGUGGAGAUGACAAGCUAUGGGAGGUAGCAAAGAGAUGUUACAUGUCAUUUGCAAAUGCAAAGAACAACAACAAACACUUCACAGACAUGGGUGACUUGAACUUCCUAAUGGGCAAGGCAAUUGAUAAUCCAGGUUUAACUCCAUCAUCAGCAUUGAGAACUGCCUGCAUAUCUGUGUUUGAGGACCCUGUGAUUGAUGAUCAUAAUGAACUGUAUAAGGAGUUUGGAGUACAGGAUUUUAUAGGAUGUGCUUCUGUCCAUGGAGUCGGUCCGUCUGUUGCUGUAUUUGACACGAUCCGCAAUGGACAAUUGGAUUCUGCUUGUGUGUAUCCAUCUCCAUUGCAUUCAAGAGAGCAAAUGCAGAAUUUAAUUGGUGAUAUGAAAAGAAUUCUUGUGGACAGUUGUGUCAAUGUUGAGGAUGAGUAGAGCUAGAUUUCCUUUCAUGAACUUUGUAUUAUGGGAUGUAUAUAUUAUUUGUGUAUGGGCCGCUCCAUCAUUUUGUUUAGGCCCAUUUGAUACCCAAUGAUGGGUUUUUAACAAAUUAUGUUAUAUUGUAAUAAAAUGAAAUCAUAUCUUAAACUUUUUAUGGUUUUAUGUA